AUGUCAAAAGGUGAAUCUUCUGUACCACCAAAUAAAAAAAGUGUUCCUAUUAUUGUAGCACCAUCAGCACCAGAUUCAAAAUUAUGUAUCUUAAAAUUUAAUAAAGGUACAACUCAUGAUGUGGACAAUCUUUUUGUAACAGAUAAUCAAGUUAGAAUGGAACGUGAUGAUAACAGGAAACUUUAUAUGAAUGAUACUGAACAAUUACCUGAAUUUGGUGCUGGUUCAGAGUAUGGUCGGGCUGCUCGCGAAGAGGCUCGGAGAAAAAAAUUGGGAAGAAGAUUAAAAAAUUACAUCCUUGAUAAUCAACCAUGGAAAAUGACAAUAAACAAGAAAGAGAGAGAAAAUGGUACAGAUAUUUUUAGGAAGAAAAAUUUUAAGACAAUUCGUGAAGGCGGUGCUAAUAGUCAUACAGAUUUCUGGGUUUUCGUAAAAAAUGGUGAUCAUUUUAUAGCAACAUGUGUUGAUGAAUUUUAUAAUGUUAUGCCAUGUGUACCUUUUAAGACAUUUGAUAUUGAUGAAGCUGAAGCUCAAUUUCAAAUUAGAGAUCAACUUAUAAAUAAAUUUGCUUUAAAAGCACAAUUACAAAAGAAGAAAGAUGAGGAGGAAGAGGAUGAUGAAGUUGUUGGUGGUGGAAAAUCAGGAUCAAAUAAAUCUGCUGAUCAGGGACUUAAAAUAAAAGAUGAGGCAAGUGAUGAUAGUGAUGGACAUUAUGGUGAGGAUGACGAUAUAGAGGGAAAAACUCGUGUUAAAAAAAAGAAAAAGAAUAAUGAUAAAGGAAAGAAAGACAAAAAAAUUAAAGUUUCAUCUGCUUUUGAAGUUGCUAAAUAUGAAUCUGAUGAUGGUGAUGAUGAAGGUCGAGAGUAUGAUUAUAUGAGUGAUUCUGGAAGUGAUACAGAUAAAGAAGAUGUUCCUGAUAUAGAUAAAAUUGAAGGAGCUCUUGUUGGUGUGGGUGAUGAGGAUGGCUUAAGAAAAAUAAUAGAUUCAGAUGAAAGUUCAGAUGAAGAUUUAACCUUGGCAGACAAGGAAGAUGAAAGUGAUACAAGAGAUAAAGACAAAGAUGAUAGUAAUGAUGAUGACUCAGAAUUUGAAGAUGCAGAUAUUGAUAAAGAAAGUGAAACGCUUUUCAAAUAUAAAGGUUUAAAAAGGCCAGCAUCAAGUAGUGAUUUGAUGCCUGAAGCUCCAGUCAAAAAAACUCGUGACUCACCACCACCAAAGCCUGAACCUGAAGGAGAAAAUACCAUAACAGAAGAGGCAAUUAGGAAUGUCCUUCGCCGUGGUGAAUGUUGCACAAAAGAAUUAAUUCAUCAUUUCCGAUCUACAGUUGGUAUAAAUAUGGAGAAACAAGAAAUAGCUUCUGUCCUGGCACAACAUAUGCAAAAAUUUAACCUUCAUAAAAGAAAAGAAAAAAUUAAAGGUAAAACUGUUUUGUUCUUUAAAUUAAUUGAAUGA